AUGAUGCAAUCACUCUCGCCGGCGAUCGGUCCGAAACUGGUUCUCCCGGCGAGAAAUUCGCACUGCGAUCAUUUGAUGUUCGGCUCGGUUCUACAGAGUUUGAGACCGAAGUUGAACCAAAGAAUUUGUAAGAAAUUGCGAAUUCUUGCGGAGAACGAAAGUCCAACCACCGCGAUCGAUUUCAGUGAUCCUGAUUGGAAGUCAAACUACCAGAAGGAUUUUGAGACUCGAUUCAACAUUCCUCAUCUCACUGAUGUUUUCGAGGAUGCUGAUUCCUAUCCUUCAACUUUCUGUCUCAGAAUGAGGACUCCAGUAACUGAAGAUUUUGCGGAUGGGUAUCCAUCUGAUGAAAAGUGGCAUGGAUAUAUUAAUAAUAACGACAGAGUACUCCUUAAGGUCAUAAACUACUCCUCUCCUACAUCUGCUGGCGCUGAGUGCAUUGAUCCUGAUUGUACGUGGGUGGAACAAUGGGUUCACCGUGCUGGUCCUCGGGAGAAAAUAUACUUCGAACCAGAAGAUGUAAAAGCAGCAGUGGUAACUUGCGGGGGACUUUGCCCUGGUCUUAAUGAUGUAAUCCGCCAGGUAGAUGAAGUUAGAUCUUUACCUUUCUCAUGUCUUUUUCUUGGUCACAUAACAAGUAUUGUUAUCACCCUUGAAAUAUAUGGUGUGAAAAAAAUUGUGGGAAUUCCUUUUGGUUAUCGUGGAUUCUCUGAGAAAGAAUUAGCCGAAAUCCCAUUAUCAAGGAAAGUGGUUCAAAAUGUUCAUCUUUCCGGUGGAAGUUUGUUAGGAGUUUCGCGCGGAGGACCUAAUGUUAGUGAAAUAGUGGACAGCAUGGAGGAAAGAGGAAUCAACAUGCUUUUCGUGCUGGGUGGAAAUGGUACACAUGCUGGGGCCAAUGCAAUCCACAAUGAGUGCUGUAAAAGAAGGUUAAAGGUGGCUGUAGUUGGAGUGCCAAAAACCAUAGACAAUGAUAUUCUGCUGAUGGAUAAAACUUUUGGUUUUGAUACUGCUGUGGAAGAAGCACAACGAGCUAUUAAUUCUGCAUACAUCGAGGCGCAUAGUGCUUAUCAUGGCAUUGGAGUUGUGAAAUUGAUGGGUCGUAGUAGUGGAUUUAUAGCUAUGCAUGCAUCUCUUGCUAGCGGGCAGAUUGAUAUAUGUUUGAUACCAGAGGUACCUUUUCAUUUACAUGGACCUCAUAGUGUCCUGAAUCAUUUGAAGUAUUUGCUUGAAACAAAGGGAUCAGCUGUUGUAUGUGUAGCAGAGGGAGCUGGGCAGAAUUUUCUCCAGAAAACUAAUGCCAAGGAUGCAUCAGGAAACAUUGUACUUGGAGACAUUGGUGUACAUAUACAACUAGAGACAAAAAAAUACUUCAAAGAGAUUGGUGUCCCAGCUGAUGUAAAAUUCAUCGAUCCUACAUACAUGAUCCGUGCUUGUCGUGCAAAUGCAUCAGAUGGAAUCCUUUGUGCUGUACUGGGUCAAAAUGCUGUUCAUGGUGCAUUUGCUGGAUACAGUGGCAUCACGGUCGGUAUAUGCAAUACUCACUACGUCUACCUUCCCAUUCCUGAAGUCAUUUCUUACCCCCGAGUUGUGGACCCUAAUAGCCGUAUGUGGCAUCGUUGCUUGACUUCAACAGGGCAACCGGACUUUCUCUAAUUAAACAUGCAUUUUAAUGUUUCCUUGACAAGUGCAAGAUUUAUUGUAGGGAAGAUCGAAGUAAAGAAAGCCAGCUUCAGAAAGUUUCUAUUUUUUUCACCCAAUGUUGUAGAAGAAAUAACACACGUACUGCACCAUUUUUUGUUAGGUUUAUAGCAUUACAGUGCCAAUUCCCACGGCAUGUCAUAAUAAAACAUCGCGAAGCGAUAACUUUUUGAGUUCUUUUUCAGCUCAUAUGUAUCUGAGAAUUAUAUUUCCGAGAUACAGAAGGUAUGAACAAGACAAUCCAAUUGAAUUCG